CCGUGUUGUUUCCGUUGUUACGGCGAGCCAUCUUGCUUCAGACGCCGAUCGUUACUCCUUCCAGUAAAUUCAGUACUUUCGUGUGGAAAUAAACGUACAGAGAGGGAGAGUGAAUUGAACGCACGUCGUACAAGACAAAAAUACAGUAUGGUAGGAACAAGGGUCUAUGUCGGUGGGCUUCCAUACGGCACCAGGGAAAGAGACCUUGAGAGAUUUUUCAGAGGCUACGGUCGUUUCCGUGAUGUGCUCAUCAAGAAUGGCUACGGCUUUGUUGAAUUCGAUGACUACAGAGACGCAGAUGACGCAGUAUACGAGCUCAACGGGAAGGAGCUGUUGGGCGAAAGAAUUACUGUAGAGAGGGCCCGGGGUACACCUAGAGGUAGUGACCAGUGGCGCUAUGGUGACUCCCGUGGUGGUUAUGGGGACUCGAGGCGAUCUGCCCGAGACGAUAUGCGGCACGACAGAGAUAGUGUGAACAGAAACACGAGGACUGCAUCUAGCUACAAGCAAUCAUUGCCCAGAUAUGGACCGCCGACUCGUACCGAGUAUCGUCUUACAGUGGAGAAUCUGUCGAGCCGCGUCAGCUGGCAGGAUUUGAAGGAUUACAUGAGACAAGCUGGUGAAGUAACUUACGCAGAUGCCCACAAGCAACGUAGAAACGAAGGAGUCGUAGAAUUUGCCACGUACUCCGACCUCAAGAAUGCUAUCGAUAAACUCGACGAUACCGAGCUUAAUGGCCGAAGAAUUCGUCUGAUUGAGGACAAGAGACGAGGUCGCCGAUCAAGAUCUUCCAGUUCCAGAUCUCGAUCUCGCUCCAGGUCCCGUUCCCGACGUCGUUCCCGCUCCCGCUCCAGGAGUCGCCGCAGUUCUCGUAGCCGUAGUCGUCGCAGCAGUCGCUCCAAAUCUAGAGCACACUCGAAAUCCAAAUCAAAGUCCAAAUCCAAGUCUCCUGAGCGCAGUCGCUCACGGUCCAAAUCCAAAUCAAGAGACCGCUCAAAGUCGAAAUCUAAGUCAAAGUCCAAAUCCAGAUCUCGUUCUAGGUCCAAGGCUGAGAGGUCAAAAUCCAGGUCGCAGUCCAAGUCUAAAGCCAAGUCCCCCUCGAAGGAAAGAUCGAGUCGCGAACGCUCAAGAGGCGACAGAUCGAGAUCCCGCUCAGGCAGUAAACACAGCAAGAGUCGCAGUCGCUCCCGUUCGCCAAUGAACGGCGAUAAAUCGCCAGAGAAUAUUAAGCAAAAGGACGAUUGAGCUAAAACAAAAGGAAAGUAAAAACAAAAAAAAAAUAAAAAAAACCUGAAAAGACCAGAAGAACAGCGCGGAGCUAACAGAAGAAAGUACCAACGUUAAGAGUCAUCAUCUAUACAGGAAGUGAAAAGGCUACACUGUUAAUAGAGCGGAAGAAAAGGGCGCCACGUAUAUCACUUUAUAAGUUCAUCCCGAGCUCCGCCUUCGAUCUUCUCGUUACAACAAAAAAUCUUGUCCUCUCUUGUCUUACCCACCUUCCAUCUUACUUUCCUUUCUAUAUUGCCUUUCCUCUUACCCCCUUUUCCUUAUUUUUUUUUUAUAACGACGAUAACAGAUUCAAAAAGCCAAUGCUUUUCAUGUAUCCAAACCUUCUGUCCAUUGGACAUUUGUUCGAAUGACGCAAAUGGAUUACACUCAGACAUCCAAAAGAACAUGGUCACUACUUGUUAACGAUUCUUUACAAGCACGCGUAUUGUUCAUGAUUUGAAAAAAAAGCGAAUUAAUUGGGGGCGGUUUAAUGCAGACGAUCAUCGUUAGCAAACUGAGCCUGUAAAAAUUAGCGAGGAACAUAUUGUAAACUUAAUUGAAUUUUUAUUGAUCAUCAAUUGGAGUAUAGUAGAUUCUUUUUUGUCCUUUUUUUUUCAUCUGUCUCCUAGAAAUUUAAAACGUUCUACACGAUUGUACACAGUUUUAUCUGCAUUGCCCAUAUGUAUGUACAGUGUACAUACACGAUUCUGUGUCAUACCCGACAAGUACACUGGAAUAAUACAUAAACACAGAGAUAGACAAACCGGUCUGACGCAUUUAGGGCAAAUUAAUGAGGUGAUUCUGUCUCUAUCUCGUUUUCUUCUCCAAUUCGUACCUUGGACGGAUCUACACGAUUUACGAUGUACCGCCGUAAUUAACAUAAUAGGAGUUCCCCUUGUAAUGGCUUUUUGUAUAUAUUCAUAAUGAUUACAAUUUACUAUGUAUAAGAACAUAAUAAUAAUAUGUGAUUGUGUAUUAAGUCUAGGAGAUAAGCCUUAUUAUCAAUAAAGACACCCAAAGUCGA